GUUUACCUAGAGGCCAGAACACAAAGAAGCGAAGCCGAAAGCCUGGGUCCCUAUACUCCCCUUAAGGAUCUGCUCUCAGAGACUAGGCUUCCACUCCUCUUUGUUUCCUGGCCAUGCCUGGUGCUCCUUGCUAUGAUGUACUACUGCCUUUUCACAAGCGGGCACUCAGACAGCAACACCAGAAUUCCCAAGACUGUGAGCUAAAACUUUCCUCUUUGUAAGAAUUAACUCUGAAUCCUCCAGAAGGAAUUGUGGCAGGUCCCAUGAAUGAAGAGAAUUUUUUUGAAUGGGAGGCAUUGAUCAUGGGCCCUGAAGACACUUGCUUUGAGUUUGGUGUUUUUCCUGCCAUCCUGAGUUUCCCACUUGACUACCCCUUGAGUCCUCCAAAGAUGAGAUUCACCUGCGAGAUGUUCCAUCCCAACAUCUAUCCUGACGGGAGAGUCUGCAUCUCCAUCUUGCAUGCCCCAGGCGACGAUCCCAUGGGCUAUGAGAGCAGUGCUGAGCGGUGGAGCCCUGUGCAGAGUGUAGAGAAGAUCCUGCUUUCCGUGGUGAGCAUGCUGGCAGAGCCCAACGACGAGAGUGGAGCGAAUGUAGACGCUUCCAAGAUGUGGCGGGAUGACCGGGAGCAGUUCUACAAGAUCGCCAAGCAGAUCGUCCAGAAGUCUCUGGGGCUCUGAGGCCACACCGCGUGCACACUGAGCAGUCCAGCGCUGUCCUCCAGAACACUUGGCAACAGAGCUGCCGUGCCGACACCAACACAGGCCUCUGCAGAGCCGCAGCACCUAUGGUUCCUUCCUUUCCACCCCAGCCAGGCAGCUCCCUGAAAUCAUGACUGGAGUAAUGACA